UGUUGUUGUUCUUCGUGCGGUUGGUUGGUUUUGUAAAUUGUUAUGUGUUAAGUUAUUUUUAUUCCUUUUUAACGUAAAGUAAUUUAUAACUUUGCAAAAAUUAUGACGCAUCUUAUUAGUUAUUUAAGUGUAUAAUUGUGUCGUGUUUUUAACAACUGAGAUUAAUUGUUUUUGAAAUAACAUUAGAAAUUUAACAUUACAAUUAAUAUUGUGGUGUUUAUGUAUAAUUAUAGUGUGAUUAAAAAUUGUUAAUGUAAUCAAGUAAAAAUUUCAAAAGGUUUAAUACCAAAAACAAAAAAAGAAAGAGAAAAUCGUUUUCGUUUAUAUUGAAACAUACUGGCAAGCAAACAAAUACGUUUUUAAUAGGGAAAUAUGUGGAGUCCCACUCAUAUUCAAGUCACUGUGGUAAAAGCGAAAGGUCUAUUGACCAAAGGUAAAAAUGGCACAAACAACUGCUUCGUCACCAUUGGCCUGGGCAAAGAAAAAUACCAAACAUCGGUUAAAGAUAAAUCUGAACAAAACGUGAGCUGGAAUGAAGAAUGUGAAUUAAAAAUUCCCGAUAAAGGAAAUCGUGCUGAAUUAGUACUAAUAUGCUUACAUCGAAAUAAUAUUGGCAUCGAUGAGUUUCUUGGGCAGGUAGCAUUGCCACUUAAUGAAAUGGACGUAUAUGAUCGUCCACGUUCUAAAUGGUUUAAACUUGAGAGCAAACCUGGUAAAGAGAAAAAGAACAAAGACCGUGGCGAAUUGGAAGUGCGUAUUUCUUUCAUUGUUAAGUCGGGUUCUCUAACUGACAUAAGUAAAAAAGAUAAACACAAAUCUUCGAUUGGUCAGUUAGCCUCAUCUGUGGGUGGUAGCUUAUUAUCGAUUGGUACCAUAGAAAAACGUAAAGGUAUUAAGAAAUUUGCAAAAUCGUUGGGCUCUAAAAUGCAUUUGAAUAAAAAGAAAAAUAAAGACGGUGAUGACUUGUCUUAUAGUGGUUCAUUUGCCAGCAUUGGUACGCCAAAUAGUCAUCGGUACGGUCAAACAGCUGGAGAAGCGGAUCCCGGUGUAAUUAGUGAAGAUGAAGAUGAAUUUGUAUUUGAUAAUUUGUCACAUAAAAGCUCUGGUAGCUCGCUAAAUAUACGUUCUGGUCUACAAGCGCCAAAUCAAAAUUUUGCACCACACACGCCUUCUCCAUUGUUAGGAAAUAGUGGAAAAGCUGUAGGUAAGCAGUUAUCAAACUAUAGUUUAGAGGAGGAUAACACUUCACAUAACAAUUUGGAGAAUUUUGAAACUAAUAUUAGUGACCGCGCAAAUACACUGCCGGCUCCCUCAAAACCACCUCGCACGCCACUUCAAGCUGAAACACCAAUGCAAACUCCACCUAAAGUUGAAAAAAAAGAUGAUAAUUUAAAUGAGUGGGAAUCAAAACUUUACGGCAAGCAUUUAGAUAUUGGUAGUAGCGAUUCACUUAAGAGACGUUCAUGGGAAUUAGCACGUGUGCCAUUACCAAAGUCAAAUGAAAGUACCGAGGAAAAUGUUAAGGAAACUACUAUAAAAGAAAAUAAUGCAAAUGUCGUUAAACAAGAUAGAAAACAAAGUAUAUCGUCAACAUCGUCCUCAUCUUCUUCUGAUUCAGAACACGAAGAAAUACCAAUAAAAGAAGAAAAAGUAAUAACAGAAAAUAAAGUCGAAAUAAAAGAUAAUGUAAGAGAUUUGAAACAACUUAAGCUGGAAACUUCUCCUGUAAUGGCUAACAUCAGUUUAUCUUCUCCUGAUGAACCAAAGAAGAACUUCCAUGAUUUAAAUUCUUCUUUUGCUAAAUAUGAACAUCAAAAUAGUCGUAAAGUGUUCGAUACUAUUUCUGAUAAUAAAUUGACAUCACAAGAUCUUAUCAACUCAGAAUCGCUUAAUUCUAAACUCGUACCACAGGCUUUGCCUAGAAACUCUGUGAAAAUAACUACAGAAUUGUCUCAACCUGAAGAGAACUUAAAUAAUAAAAAUGUGGAUAUUCAAAAUAAUAUUAACACAAUAAAAUCAGCGGAGAUAGUAAAGCAGGCUGUGGAAAAAGAAAAGGAAAAGGAGACUAACAAUGAUCAAAACAUUCAUUUAAAUGGCAAAAAAGAAGAGGAAAAUCUACCACAACAACGUGAUGUGCAACAGCAGGAGAUUACACGUCGUGAAGCUAAGCGCCGUGAAGAAGACCAGAGGAUACUUAAUUUCGUUAAACGUUCCACAUCUGUUGAAGCGGAAGAUUCUGGCAUGUUUGAAAAGUCUCCGAAGGAGCAAAUCGACACAGAUAAAGCAAAAGAAAAACGUAUCAGUAAAUUUAAAUACUACAAUAAGCGAGAUAAAUCUGAUGAUAAUAAUAUAUCUGUCAAACCCUCUAAUGAACGCAUUAUUAUUGGACAUGAGAAAUCGGCAACACAUGCUGAGCGACGUUCAGAAAUGACAGCUGCCUUGUCCAAAAAAUAUGAAGGCAAAUCCAGAGAGGAACUAAUGCUUAUUGCAAAUGGCAUGGAAAAUGAAGCUUUAACACAACGUCAACGAGUGAAGGAACUUGAAGAUUACUUAGAUAAUUUGUUGUUACGUGUAAUGGAAACACAUCCCAAAAUACUCCAAAAUCCCUAUUCACAAACCACACCAACCAAAAGGAAAAAAUGGGCCAUGCAGAGCAUUACUCCAGCAUGGAAUGUUGGAUCGUCUAAAAGCUAAAAAGAAGAAAUUUCGCGUCUAAAUUAAAAACUUGUUAAAAUUUUUAAAUGUAGCAUGUCUAAAUUCUUUACUAAAUUAUGGCCUGCAACCAAUACAUGAGUCAUAGACUACUAUUUGAGACUUGGAUUAACAUGAGGUGUUGUAAAGCCUUCCAUUUGUGUCACCAAAUCUACAAUAAAGCAUGUGACAGGAUCUACUAUUUAAAUAAUAUAUACACAUUUUUUAUUCUUUUGAGUAUUAUAUUUUUCAC